GUAAAUCCGUCCCAGAGUAUUUGUCCACUUUCAUUUUUGCACACCAUCCAAUACACUUUUUUAAUCCAUUUUAUCUUGUAAUUUGUAUAUUAAAAAAUUAUAGAAAUUAUAUAUUAAUAAUCUAUAUGUUAAGACAAAUCAAACAAGAUCACACAUGACUAUAUUUAGGCUUACACAUUGAGAGAAUUUGAUGAGUCAAAGUACUUAGAUGAACAGUUCCAAAAGUCAAAAGUGGACAAAUAUAGCGGGACGGAGGGAGUACAAAGGAAUAAAUUGCCGACUUUUCUCUCCCAAAUUAUCAACGGAAAGAAGAAAUUAGACAGAGCACAAAGAAAAAAUGGACAACUGGAUGCUCCACAGCUCAAAAACCAGAUCUCCGCCACCGACGCCGCCGCACGAAACCCUAUUCCAGGCCCCGCCGGAAGACUGCGCCUGCGACUGCAGCUCUUGGCGGUCUCAGAAUGAGGCGGAUGGGAAAGAGGAUCCAUGGCGGACGAUGAAGGCCAAUAAGAAGAAGAAGAAGAAGCAGGUGUUUCUAGAAGGCUAUGUGGAGACAUCUGAGGAUGACGAGCUUGGGAGGACGAAGAGCUUGACGGAUGACGAUUUGGAGGAGCUUAAGGGCUGUUUGGAUCUGGGAUUCGGAUUCAAUUACGAAGAAAUCCCCGAGCUAUGCAACACCUUGCCGGCUCUCGAGCUUUGUUAUUCCAUGAGUCAAAAGUACCUCGAUGAGCACCAGCGGUCGCCGGAAUCUAUGUCGGAAACAGCCUCCUCCGCCUCUGCCCCUAUUCCCAACUGGAGAUUCUCUAGUCCUGGUGAUGAUCCUGAAGAUGUUAAAGCACGCCUCAAAUACUGGGCGCAGACGGUUGCUUGCACUGUGAGAUUAUGCAAUUAGGNCCCCCCCCCCCCCCCGCCCCCCGAAAAGAAAUGGCGGAUGGACCCCAAAGAACCCGAAUGACUGUUUCCUUCAUUCCCAUCAAGAGACGAGAUGAUUGUUUGUCUGAGGUGAAGAAAGCUCGUGAUCAUCGUCCCCAUCAUACCUCAAGGUACAUUCUGCAUAAUUUCUGAUUCUGGAAAUUGACUGACCCGAAGAGGACAGGCGGCGUUAAGCGGUUCUCAUCAUGUAUGUAUAUGGAUUGUGCAGAGGCUGUAUACCAAAACCUUGAAAUAAUAAUACUCUGUAAUUCUUGAUGUACAUUUACAUUUUGGUUGAACUGAACCCAUGUUUCUUGCCCUGAAAACAAAACAGGGUUUUGCUCGUUUGGAUUUCAAAUCACUGCAUACAAUGUGCAUCAUCUUUUUUCUCUUAUCAAACUGCUUUCAACUCUGUUGGUUUCUGAGAGGUGAAUAUAUUCUCAAUUUAUCAUUGUUUUUAUCUGUAUAGAAAAAGUGUUUUUGUUAGACCCUUUGUAGAGUGAUGCAUUUGUAUCAAAAGUUUGUAGACCAUAAAGAAGUAUGGCGUAA